AUGGAAAGCAUGAGCAUAGAAAAAAAUAGCACUCCUUUAGGGAGGCCUGAUUAUAGAACAAUGAACUCCGAAUUAAAUUAUACUUUAAUGGAUUCAUCAAUUAAUCAUUCUUCUAUUUUAGAUAAUUCUAUGAGAGUUGAAAAAGACAAUAGAGAAAGAAGAUUACAAAAAAUAAGCGAAAAUAUAGUUAGUGAAUAUGAAUCAGGUAGGCAAAGUGUCGUUUUUACACAACAAAAAUAUAAACAAUUAUUGGAAGGAUUCCUAUUAUUUGUUCAAACAAAUAAAUAUAUUCAUCAAAAAAUUACUGAAUUAAGAGAAGAAGCAACAGAUGAAUAUAAUAGAAUGUUAAAUAAAAAUAUACCAAAUAUAAUAAUACAUCAAAGGCUAAUAUGUAAUAUUAAUAACUUUCAAACAGGUAAUGAGCAAUUUGAAUUGUUAGCUAAAUGUUUAAUUAAAGAACCUUAUUUAGCAUUACCAGCUUAUCAAGCAGCAAUUAAAGAAUUAUGGAAAUCUCAAGAAGGUAAAAUAGAAAUUGAUCCUCCUAAAAUAGGAAUCUGCGGUUGGCUAGGUAGGCAUCAUGUAACACCAAGAGGAUUGCAAAGUUCCAUGUUAAACAAAUUAGUAGCAGUUGAAGGAGUUGUGAAUAAGUGUUCUACAGUUCAACCAAAAUUAGUACAAUCUGUUUAUAUAGGAGAAGCAAUUCAAGAUAUUAAUGCAGAUAUUAGAAGUGAUGAAAAAACAGUCCAUUUAAGACCACAUUAUGAUAUUACUGAUUUUGAUAAAACAGCCAAGGAUUCAGGUAGACCCCCUGCAUCAGAUCCUGAAGGAAGAAUUAUGCAUAGACACGAAAUAGGAUUAUGUAAAUAUAAAAAUCAUCAAAAAUUUGUUAUUCAAGAAACACCUGAAGAUGCACCAACGGGGCAGAUGCCUAGAUGGGUAGAAGUAAUAGUAGAAGAUGAUUUAUGCGAUAUAGUGAAAUGUGGUGAUAGAGUAAGAGUAUGGGGAGUCUAUAGAGCAAGCUGUGGUCAAGCCAAUAGUUCUAAUAGUGGUUUAGGGAGAUCUUUUUUAAUAGCAAAUAACAUAUUAGUAAAAAAUAAAGAAACUUAUGACUCUAACUUAUUUAUAUCAGAAGCAGAUAAGAAAAACUUUCAUGCAUUUGCAAAAAAAGAAAAUACAAUUGAUAUUUUAGGUUACUCCUUUGCCCCUUCUAUAUGUGGACAGGAUAUAGUAAAAAAGGCUAUCAUUCUAAUGUUAGCGGGUGGAACAGAGCGUGCAUUACCUUCUCAUCAUAUUAGAGGGGAUAUACAUAUAAUGUUAGUAGGAGAUCCUAGUUGCGGUAAAUCUCAACUAUUACGUUAUGUUAUGAGCAUAAUGCCUGGUACAGUUUCUGCUACUGGAAGAGGAUCUUCAGGAGUUGGUUUAACUGCAGCAAUAGUUACUGAUCAAGAUACAGGAGAAAGAAUAGUAGAAGGGGGUGCUAUGGUUAUGGGAGAUAGAAGAGUAGUGUGCAUUGACGAAUUUGAUAAAAUGCAACAAACAGAUAGGGUAGCCAUUCAUGAAGUUAUGGAACAGCAAACUGUUACAGUCGCAAAAGCAGGUAUACAUACUACUUUAAAUGCUAGAUGCACGGUACUAGCUGCUGCUAACCCUUUAUAUGGAUGUUGGAAUGAUGCUCUUGAUAUGGGACAGCAGCUACAGUUUGAGCCAUCUCUUCUUUCUCGUUUUGAUUUAAUUUUUUUGGUGAGAGAUAGUGCUACUGAAGAAGAUGAUGAAAGAAUUGCAGAAUCUGUCCUUCGAAAUGUUACUGAAAAAGCUAAACCAAUUAUGAACGAAAGCAGAAAUAACCAAAAGAAUUUUGUUAUUCAAGCUGAUAGUUAUGAUAUAAACCCUAAAGCACAACACAUAAGUGUUUUUAAUGAAAGAGAUGUAAACAAAAAUAAUGACAGUAAUCAAGAAAAUGAAGAAUUUGAAACUCCAAUUUUUGCUAAUAGAGAUGAAAUGAUUUAUUUUGAUAAAAAUGGUGUAGAACAUGAAAUUUUAACAGUUCCCUUUUUUAAAAAAUACCUACAUUACGUUAAAAACAUUUUUUAUCUUGAAAAACAAAGAAGUGAUGGAUGGAAACCUUAUCCAGAAGUCAGUGAUGAAGCAUGUGAAGUUAUUAUUGAGUUAUAUGCAGAUUUAAGAGAAAGAGCUUCUAAAUACUCACACAACAAACUUAUACAGGGAGUUACUCCAAGAACUUUAGAGGCCAUUAUUCGAAUAGCGUCUGCUCACGCAAAGCUAAAAUUAAAUAGAUAUGUUACUAGUGUUGAUGUAAAUUAUGCGAAAAAAUUAUUAUUGUAUACCCUGUUUGGAGAAGAAAUUGUUGAAUCAGAUGAGGAAGAAGAAGAAGAAGAAGAAGAGGAAGAAGAGGAAGAAGAAGAAGAGGAGGAAAUGAUAAAAAAAAAGAAAAGACAAAAAGCAAAAAGGGCAUCGAAAAAAAGAGCCAAUGAAAAAAAAGAUGUAAUAAAUAAAAAGAAAAAAAGAAAAGGUGAAGCAGAAUCAAAAGAUAUGGAGAAUUAUAUGAUAAAUGAUGAACAAAAAAAAAAGAAUACGCCAUCAUUAGAUGUUAAAGAAAUAGAAAGAUUAAUUGUUGAAAAUGUAACAUUAAACGAUCCUGGCGAUGGACUAAAAGAUGUGGAACUUUUAGAUUUGAUUAUAUUAGGAAAUAAAGAUAAAAUGCCAGAAUUAGCAAAUCUUGAUAUUAAUCAAUUACGUAAAAUAAUAAAUUCAUUAAAUGAAAUGGAUGGAGCACCUAUUUAUUAUGUAAAAAAAGAUAAAAUAGUAUAUAGAUGUUAA